CCACCUACCGCCCCCAUUCCCAUUCCCGAAGACUGCCGAGUAAGGGGGAGAAGGCCGUGCUCAGUCCUCGCAUCUAUACGGCAUUUCCGGAGAUUACCGAGGGACUUCGGCCUCUCCUUCACAUUUCCCCCUCCCCGUCUCCGGAGGCGGCUGCUUUUGCUACUGCGGCCGCUACCGCAAGCAGGGUGUCUUUUUCUUCUCGGUUCUUUUCGGCGCUGCCCGGCGGGCCUAAGUCAGUGUUGCGCGUUCUCGGCAGAGCCCCUCGCUCGUGAGUUUCCUGCCCAGAGGUACCCCGCGACCCCCCUUCCCGCCUUAGUCCUCUCGCAGGUCCUGGCCGGACCGGGCUGGGUGGGCCUCUGCGCUACCGCCGUCGCUGCUGCUGCUGGGCUAUCGCGACCGGUGACUGAAUUGUGGUGACUGUGAGGCGACGAGGACGUCUGCGGCUCCCGCUUGGGGAACCGGGGCGGCCGGGGGUCCGGCUCGGAUGGCGGACGGCAUCCAGCACCAGCAGCUUGUUCCCGGCGUCGGCGUCCCAGCUCCUCGAGGGAUCAAGCGGGAACCCGAACUGGAGCAGCUAAUGCCCGGAGGCGACGGAGCCGAGAGCGGCCAAAUCAAGAGGCUGCGGACGGAGGCUGAGGUAGACGGAGGCGGCAUGCAGAAUGAGCCUCUGACUUCCAGUUAUCAUGGGUACCCAGGAAGAGACAGCCAGGGUAACCAGGAGCCGACAGCCACUCCUGACACAAUGGUCCAGCCAUUCACUACAAUCCCAUUCCCACCUCCCCCACAGAAUGGGAUUCCCACAGAGUAUGGAGUACCCCACACUCAGGACUAUGCAGGCCAGACCAGCGAGCACAAUCUGACAAUCUAUGGAAGUACCCAGGCACAUGGAGAACAGAACACGAAUACAGCCACCGCACAGAAUGGAUCUCUUACGCAGACAGAAGGAGGGGCACAGACGGAUGGCCAGCAAUCGCAAACACAAAGCAAUGAGAGUACUGAGAGCAAAUCUACUCCAAAACGGCUGCAUGUCUCCAACAUUCCCUUCCGCUUUCGGGAUCCUGAUCUUCGGCAGAUGUUUGGGCAAUUUGGCAAAAUCCUUGAUGUAGAGAUAAUCUUUAAUGAACGUGGCUCCAAGGGAUUCGGGUUCGUAACUUUCGAGAAUAGUGCUGAUGCAGACAGGGCCAGGGAGAAAUUACACGGCACCGUGGUUGAGGGCCGUAAAAUCGAGGUUAAUAAUGCUACUGCACGAGUGAUGACUAAUAAGAAGAUGGUUACACCGUAUGCAAACGGCUGGAAGCUGAGCCCUGUGGUUGGAGCAGUGUAUGGUCCUGAAUUAUAUGCAGCAUCCAGUUUUCAAGCAGAUGUCUCGCUGGGCAAUGACGCUGCAGUGCCCCUGUCAGGAAGGGGGGGUAUUAACACUUACAUUCCUUUAAUCAUUCCUGGCUUCCCUUACCCAACUGCAGCCACCACAGCAGCCGCUUUCAGGGGAGCCCAUCUGAGGGGCCGAGGAAGGACAGUGUAUGGUGCAGUGCGGGCAGUACCUCCAACAGCCAUCCCAGCUUACCCAGGAAUAGUCUUACAGGAACCAAUCAUUAGCGCUAAAAUACCUCAGGGCGGAUAUGCAGCCUACAGAUAUGCGCAGCCUGCUACGGCAACGGCAGCCACUGCUGCUGCAGCCGCUGCAGCGGCUUACAGCGAUGGUUAUGGCAGGGUGUACACAGCAGACCCUUACCACGCCCUUGCCCCUGCCGCUAGCUAUGGAGUUGGCGCUGUGGCAAGUUUAUACCGAGGCGGCUACAGCCGAUUUGCCCCAUACUGAAGUGACAUGAGCCCCCCCUGCAAGUGGGACAGCCCCCCAGUUCAUGAGGCCUGGCUAUUGCAAUAUUUACUAGUAGAGGAACUCUAUAGCAAGAAGAGGAGGAAAACAAAAGAAAAAACAAGAGAAAUACUUUUUUAUACCUCACUAUGUUCUUUGAAUAUGUAUUUUUUCUUUAAAUUUCUGCCUUUAAUUCUUUUGUUCCAAAGAUUGUGCAUUUUUGGGGUUUUUGGUUGUUUUUUUUAACUGUGGUAAACAUAAUGCAUUUCCAUGUCUGUAUAUGCGUAGCUUACCCCACCAAUCACAAAAGAGAUGAUGAAUAGUGCUAAGGAGCACCAUUAGGAACCAAUAUCAUGGAACUAAAUCAGGAACAUGCAGCCGUUAAUUGUACCUGGGUCUGGUGCCUGAGGCCUGCAACACAUGAGGAAUAGCCCCUCUGCCUGCAAAGGGCAGCGCUGCUUGACUGUAGCUGGAACCUGCAUGCUGUUUGGAAACACAAAACAUUCCCCAUGUUAUUACCAUCUGACAAACAUGGGCUCAGGACAGUUCCACAAGUGUCAAGAUUUUACAGUUUUCAAGAUAAGACUCCUCAAAACUGCCCAAAGACAACGUCUGUUAAUGGUUUUAGGAGACAAGACUUGAAGUGAAUUUGUGAUCUUAUUCCUUCUAUACAUACACCUAACUUUAGUGAUUGUUGUCCACUACCAAGGCUCUACUUUUUAGUUUCUUUCACUUGCUAUGGUCUUCCUCUCUUCCUGUCCUUUCCCUCUUUUCUUUGCUGGAGGAGCAGCGGAUAUGGGACAGUGACUACAAAACUUGAAGUCAAGGUGGAGGGAGUUACCUCUUUGAUAACAAGGAGUAUGAUGGCCAAGUCAUACAGAUCCUGAAGUUAUAGAAGAACGAUGAUGGGGGAAGCUUGCACCAGUGCCACUUUGAGCUACUCAGAUAUCCCAUUGUCCGAGAUCCCUCUUUUCACCCUUAGCUUUGCUGCAAGUAUGCCACCAAAAAAUUGCAUGAAAUGAGAAAAACGUGGCCUAGAUUGAUCCUAGAAAAGCAGCGGAGGCAGUGGGGAGGAAACUUUGUAUCAUAACACUAUUCUUAAACUCAUCAUUGUGUAUCUUCAGCAUCUGGGAUCAGGCAGAAAUAUAGUUCAAAAUAUGAUGUAGAGAAGGAACUUCUGACUUGAUAUGUAAUGCAGAGCUUUCAGUGGGCCAUCUUCUGCCUCUCUGGAAAGAAAUCUGUAUCCAGACUGCUCAACUUGGGUGUGAACUGUAGGCUGUGAGCUGAGAGGGGCUUCAAAAAGACACUGAGCCCAGGGAUUGCCCCUUACAUUUUUAUCAUACAUGGAAUGUCAAUUAUAUUAUGCAGUGGUUUAUUCUGUACGUUGCUAUAGAAGCGUGAGUGUGACGACAGGCAAGCCCUUUGCCCUCUGCCUGCUAAGCUUUUAUGAUUCUCUCAGCACCUCUUGCAGACUCUCUGCAGCUGUGUCUUAAAAACCCUACAUGUUAGAGAAGCACAAUUCCCUUUGGCUCCUUGGCCUGCCUAAAUUGGUACUGGGUGACAUUUCACCCCUUAAAGGGCAGCUAGGGGUGGACUUGUAGCUGAAGCCUUCUCAACUCCUGUUGUCAUCUGCUCACCAGUGAUGUCAGCUUAGGAAUGGAGACAUCCUGUUGCCCUUCAAUGAACAGGGCUACCAAGGAGGUGCACUGGCCCAGUCAUACACAACUUGUGUCUUUUGUUCACAAUCCCCUUGUGCCCUCUUAGUCCUUGCCAGAGAACACCAAGGAUGCUAGAGAGGAUGCCUGAAGCAAGAAGUACAGAGAUCUUAAUUAAGCUAGAGACUCUUAACAAUAUUGAUUCUCUGGAACAAGGUGACACCAAACUGCCAGCCUAUUGGCCACUUUUCUUUUGUUUUUAUUGUCUUGCUUUUCAAGCCAAAGUUUGGUUUGUUGCUGUUAUGACAAUUUCUGUUGUUUUUGUAUAUAAUUAUUUUAGUUAGGUUGAAAAUGGGGAGAGGGAGUGUCAGGGCUUUCACUAAAUCAAGGAAAUUAAGAGGAAGAUCAGAUUUUACGGCUUACAUAAAUUUUCUAGUGUCAUAUUCUCUGGAAGUCCAUUUCCAUUGCAAAGCAGAUGGGGGUAGGAUCGAACUCCUCCUGACGGAAUGAGGCACAGCAAAGACCUCUGGACUGAAUAACCAGCCACAUGAGGGGAGCCUUCUGUUAGCAUUACAGAGAAAGAUGCAGUUUGCAUAGCUCUUUUGCAUUUGACACCAUUUGGAUACAGAUGGAUUUUCCAGGCGGUGUGAUUCCUCCGUUAAGGAAGCUGAACACCGCUCAGUGCCAGUCAUAUAAGACUAAGCACAUCCUAUUACAAACAAUUCCUGGUUUAAGAAUCAGCCGCCUUGGCUGUCAUCUAAGCUGCAGCACCUGCCCUGCAAGGUGACCUUGACCAAGGCACUUCCCUUGUCUAUUAAAAGGAAGAAGGCAACCCCUCUUUUGUACAACUCUGUGAGGUCUAUGGUGAAGAACACUUUAUUAACAAGAAAUUCCUGUCUCCUAAUAUCUCCAAAGCCUAAAAAUAUCCAAUGAAACAAUUUUGUUGUAUAGCAACUUUUUAAUAACAUACUGUUACCCUUUUAUCUCUAGAGUGGCUGCACCAUCUUUAUAGAUGUGGAUACAAAGUUGAGGCUUUGCAAAUCCUCCAAAUAGCAUCUCCCCAUUACUAGAGUAGAUGUGGAGGAACACACCCAGAUACCAAGGAUGGAAACCAAAUUUGGGUGAUGUGCCUUUGGCUGUGUCCCACUCCUUAAGAGAGAGUUUGCAGGCAGCCUGAAAAAUAGAAUGCUACUUGUCAGUGCUCCAACAUGCCAGCAUCUGAGGGAUCCUUAGCCCUUGGGGGGAAGGGACGGGGUGAUUAAAAGUGUGUGUUGCUGGUUUGCACUGGUUUUAAAAUAGGAAAAUGAAAAUCCUAGCAACAAGGCGAAGAGCCAGUGUAACGUUUUUUGUGUUUUUAUUUGUCAUGCUCUUGAAUGUCCAACAUGUUUGUAGUAUACACCAGUGUGACUUGAUUCUUUGUUGCAUAAAACACUAUUUUGAUGAUGUUAUUGUCUGAACAGCCCAGCCCUCUGCCCAUUCCGUAGCCUCCCUUUCUUACUUUGAAAUUGCUUUUGUUCUGUAAUGAAACAAAACCUCCAUUUAAUGAGACAAGCUGAUUUCUGGUAGUCAGAGUUAAACUGGUCUUUGCCAUGGAUUUUGCAGGGGGUUCUUCUUCCCCUUGCUCUGGUUAAUUCUAAGGCAUACAGUGCAUUACUCCUGAUCCUGCCCUGUGAAACAAACUGCAAUCAGAUGUCAAUUUUCAGAGUUUCUGCCAUAACUAACAGCCAGGAGAGAAUACACCAGGAAUACUAUAAUCCUCUGCAGUCACUUUGUCAGGUUGACAUUUCCAGGCUGUGGUCAGCUAGAGGUUACUUAGGAGGACUUCUAGAUAAGUUGAACUUAAACACUGCCAGUUGAUAAAGACUGGAAACUGAGUUUAAAAAACCCUGCUCAUUUUAGCAGUUACAGGCUUUCCUGUCAAUUCCCCUCCAUCCUGAAGCCUUUCACUGGAAUAUUCACUUGACAGGUAGUCUUUGUCAUGCCACCUAGUUAAAAGUUGGUUUUUUAAGAGGAAAAAUUGAAGUCUCUUGCGUGGUUUUCUCUCUUUCAGGAGUGGAAGAUGGCCGUCCAUUUGUUGCUGCUUCAAAAGCAACUAUCAAGGAAUCUAUAGUCUAUAUAUUCGAUAUAGUUAUGCAUUGCAGUUUUGGCAGCUCACUCUGCCUGCAAUCUAAUAAGAGAUAAAGUAAUUCUUAUGGACAUUUAAUUUGGGUCUGUUUGGUUUUUCUAAAAUAGAAAUUUAUAAAUAACUGGUGCAAAACCCUGGCCCAGUGGCAAAUGUCAGGCAGGACUGUAGAGCAGUACCAAGAUGAUUUAGAGUUUACUGACUGCCCAUGUUGACUUAACACUUGGAGUUCUUCAGUGCAAGGCCUGAAAUGCCCCAGAUUGACUUGCCUGUUCUUGCAGUGUCUCCUGCACCUCUCCCUUGUCAGGUACCCUUGGGACAUAGGAUGCAUUGUAGUUAGAUGCUAUCACCUCCUCUGGAUAAUUUCCCAGGGUGCCCAAGCUGCUUGUCCAGGGUUUUAUUUCCCUGUUGACUUUGGAGAAGCAGAAUCUGUAUCCCAGGACUUUGUGGCAGUCUCUAACAUCCUUCCCCCUACCCCCUGGUUAAGUAUCAUAUUGUACAGUAGCUUUCAAACCAUACAGUAUUCAUUGGGUUACUCUUAUUAUUAUCAAGUAGCUGGAAUUGUGAAGGUCGGAGUAGUUAGAUCUUUAGCUUUUAUUCUUUUUUUUUGUAUUACUAUCCAUGUGUAUAAAUUAUUGAUCAUGUUGCUGGCUUUUAUAAACUCUAAGCAAAGGAGGAGCCCUUCUUCACCCUUUGCGAAUGGUAAUGAAGCACUGUUUUUAAAUAAAAGAGAGAAACACCA